GAUUAUUUGAAGUAUCACACUACGAGAUGUUCUCCCUAGAUCAAUCAUCAUGUCUUUAUGAAGAACAAAAAAAUAAAAAACUGAAAAAGUAAAAAACAAAUUGAAAAAAGUUGUAGCUGAAAUUUACUUUUUUAGUUACGUAAGCUAUACGAAUGCCUGGCUUUAGCAUCUCACUAUCGAGGUAAUUGAUAAACGAGCAUCUACUGAAUUUGUGUUCUGGUGUCCUUGUGAACUGAGAAAAUAUUAACAUCUCUUUUCUGCAGCAAGUACAGCUCCUUUUUGCUUUUUUCCGACAAAAAUUCAGAUUAGGCGAAACCAAUUAAGUAUGAACACUCCAACUUUCAAAAAACCGACUUUAUGGUUUCGUGUAAUGAGAGGACUAGUCAUGAUCUAUUGCAUAUUAGGUCAGCUACUGACAUAAGCGAAAUGCAUGAUUUUGAAAACAGUCCUUUUUUUUUUGUGAAAAAGAGAUUAAAAAGCAAUCGUAAGUGUAUUCUCACCUCUCGACCGGAUUUAGAUCUGCCAGAUCUAGUUCUUUUUUCGACACAGUGAUGUGUUACUACAUCGGUGUUUCAGAAGCAAUUAAAGACAGAAUAAUUCUUCUUAGCAAAACCUGAUUCAAAAUUUUGGCUUUUUUACCGGCGUUUCGAAGAGGCAAAACUAAGCGUGGAAAGCGGAGCUUAUGUAUGCA